CUGGCCUGGGCGGAGCGCCAGGCCAAAGGACUUUAGAGCUGAGCCGGGAGAGGCGCAGGGCGGGGCGACAGGAUCCGAGCCUAGGACCUUGACAUGGGCUCCUUGAAGAAGGUUACUCUCUCAGUGCUCAGCCGGGAGCAGUCCGAAGGGGUUGGAGCACGGGUCCGCAGAAGCAUCGGCAGGCCUGAGUUAAAAAAUCUGGAUCCAUUUUUACUGUUUGAUGAAUUCAAAGGAGGUAGACCCGGAGGAUUUCCUGAUCACCCACAUCGAGGUUUUGAAACAGUAUCAUACCUUCUGGAAGGGGGCAGCAUGGCUCAUGAAGACUUCUGUGGACACUGUGGUAGAAUGAACCCAGGAGAUCUGCAGUGGAUGACUGCAGGCCGGGGCAUUCUGCAUGCAGAGAUGCCUUGCUCAGAGGAGCCGGCCCAUGGUCUACAGCUGUGGGUUAAUUUGAGAAGUUCAGAGAAGAUGGUGGAGCCUCGGUACCAGGAACUGAAAAGUGAAGAAAUCCCCAAACCCAGUAAGGAUGGUGUGACAGUUGCUGUCAUCUCUGGAGAAGCUUUGGGAAUAAAGUCCAAGAUUUACACUCGCACACCAACCUUAUAUUUGGACUUCAAGUUGGACCAAGGAGCAAAGCAUUCCCAGCCUAUUCCUAAAGGAUGGACAAGCUUCAUUUAUACCAUAUCUGGAGACGUGUACAUUGGGCCUGAUGAUGAGCAACAGAAAAUAGAACCUCAUCACACAGCCGUGCUUGGGGAAGGUGACUGUGUCCAGGUGGAGAACAAGGAUCCUGAGAGAAGCCAUUUUGUCCUAAUUGCUGGGGAGCCAUUAAGAGAACCAGUUGUUCAACAUGGUCCAUUUGUGAUGAACACCAAUGAAGAAAUUUCUGAGGCCAUCCUUGAUUUCAGAAAUGCAAAAAAUGGAUUUGAAAGGGCCAAAACCUGGAAAUCAAAGAUUGGAAACUAGUGAAGAGCCCAAGAGAGCUCUCCAUUCUUUUGCCAUUCUUGGUGCCCAGCCAUCGAGGCAUUCAGUCUCCAAAGAUGACUUAGCUGGUGUUUCUGAAGGGAUUUCACAUUAAAGUGAUAACAAGAUUUUUGUGGCAAUGUAUGUAGGAUAUUUCCUGGUACAUGCAAAUAAACC